AAUAUAUAUCUAGUCGGCGGUCGCAUGAUAUAUUAAAAAAAUGGAUUUUGUACCAAAAAUACAAGUUUUGAAACUGCAUCCUGAUUCUAUGGAUGUGGCAAGACAGAGAAUUAACCUGAAGACGCCUGAAGAAAUGGAUGCGGUAGUUGACAUAUUGAAGGAAUGGGUUCAACAGCAAAAACAUUUCAAACGAAGAGAUUUUAGCAAAAGGUACUUAGAAAUGACUUUAGUACAAUCAAAAGGAUCGAUAGAACGCGCCAAACAAAUGAUUGACAAAAUGUGUACCUUACGAAGCUUGUUACCGCAGUACUUUACGAUAAGCGACAUAAAGAAGGACUUUACAGAAAUGUUUGAAGUUGUUACUCCGGUUAUAUUACCACGGCUUACAAAAGAUCACCGAAGGGUUUUUAUUACCAAGAUGUGGGGAGAUGUGCGAAAUUUGUCGAAUAUUACUAAUUUCUUUAAAUACACUUUUAUGAUUGCUGAAUACGAGAAGGCAACUGACUAUGUAGCCGGAAUUCAUUUGACGAUAGACUUUUCGGAAAUAAAUCUGAUGGAUUUGUUGUCCAAAUUGAAUCCGGUAGAAUUGAAACAAGUUAUUACAACAUUCAUAGUAGCCUAUGGCAUGAAGAUACAAGGCAUUCACUGCAUAUCAACAUCAAAGCUAAUCGAUGCCUUUAUAGCAAUCCUGAAACAAUUUCUCAAACCGAAGAUCGUUAGCCGUAUUCACGUUUAUAAGAACUGGGAAGAGCUACAUGACGUCAUAGGGAAAGACGUUUUGCCCAAAGACUUUGGAGGAGAUGAGAAAUCUAUCAAAGAACUACACGCGGACUGGGUCGAAGAAUUAUCUUCAGAGGAAUUCACAGCAUACCUUCGUGAAAUAUACACAGCUGGUACAGACGAAGCUUGUCGACCGACAUAUAAGUUUAAUGAAGAUUACGCUGGAAUGCCUGGAACUUUCCGAGUUUUGAGUGUAGAUUGAUUAUAAUCUUAUUUCCUUUGGGCCCUCUUCACAAUUGAUAUUGUUGGCCCAAAAAAUGAUGGUGGAUGUUUGCCGUCAUUAAGCGCGUCACACACGGUGAAGAAACUAUAAUAUUUUAUGUUAAGAUUCUCUAAUAUAAAAUAUUACAGUAUCUUAAGGUAUCCGGUAUCAGCG